AUGGGACGUCAUAAUGAUAAGUAUUCUUGUAACCAUCGCGGCAAAUCACAUAUAAAAAGCAAAAAAAAAAAAGAAAAAAAAUCAAAAAAUAAUAUUUAUGUUCUUUUAUUUUUUUUUUCAAUAAGUUUAAUACUUUAUCUUAAUUCAGAAAAAGUUGCUGAUUUUGUUGAAAAUUUUAAAAAGAAUCCGGAGAUUAGUACUUUAUCUACUUCUACAAGUUAUACUUAUCCGAUGAACAAUGGGAUCACAAAAAAGGAAGAUGAUGAUUUAAUAAGAACUUUUAAAAUUGCUACUAAUGAAGAAAUUAGAAAUAAUUUACUAAUGGAUACAUUUAACAUAAAAAAAUUUGAAGAUGAUACGUAUAAAUUAAAAUUUUAUGGAGAUGAUUUAAUAAAUAAUAUAGAAAUAAUAAAAAAAAGCAAUUUUAUAUUUGAUGCUAUAAAUUACUUAAUAAAAGGAAUGAAAGGUAGCAACUUGUAUUCAGUUAAUCAAAGAGAUAAAGGUAGUUUAAGAAAUGAAAAAGAAAAAAGAUAUGAUGCAGGCAAAUUAAAAAGAUUAAUAAUUAUUAAACUUUUAAAAUGUAUAUCAGUUCUAGUAUUCAUAUAUAUUAUUUAUCGUCUUAUAACUUUAUUAUUUAAAAACGUAAUAAAUUUUAUUUUUGUACUUAUUUUUAAAAUUAUAAAAUAUUGCUGUUGUGGAGGAAAGUAA